AAUAGAAAGAAACACGCCUACUUGUAUUUUAGGGAGUAGAACAUGCGACAUCAAUGCUAUACAUUCAAGCUACCAACACUUCACAAGAUGGCGAACAACAUCGUGGUGUACAUCAUCUGCUCUCUCGCCAUGUUCCACAUUACAGCUGGAAUGAAUGGCUGCUGUAAUGUCGUCACCAUAGGAACUGUGAUACAUGUCAAGUGUUCAGGAUGUCGUCUACAAACUGUUCCUGAAAAUUUGCCAAUCAACGCGACGGAGUUAAAUCUACAUAACAACAACCUGACUAUAUUACAUCAGGAUUCAUUCAGAUAUCUACAUCAACUAAAUAAACUAAUAUUAUCAUCCAACGGAUUAUCAAUGAUUUCGUCAGGAGCAUUUGACGGUUUGCAGAACCUAAAAUACCUCGAUUUAUCCAACAACCUUCUCGAAAAUUCAUCGUUUGAUGUGUUUGCUUUUCAACCUUUAAUACGUUUGACACACCUGGAUCUACGACAAAAUAGGUUGCAUUUAAAGGAAACCUACCCCGAGCAUGCAAUAGCGUAUUUGUCACAGGUUGAAACUCUAAAAAUAGAUGUUUUCGAAGGAUUCCGUUUCGGAAUUGGGUUUUUGAAUUUAACCAAGUUGAAACAAAUAAAUUUUGCUGUGGUUUUACAGGAAAGUAUAUCGGUUCUAAAUUCUACAUUCCUUGGACUUGAACGGACAGUAAUAUCUCAUUUGGUUUUACAUUUCUCAAUGAAAAAGUUCGAAAUAAACGCAUUGGCUCCAUUUCACAAUUUGGUAUCACUUAAAUUUCAUUCGGGGCGAACAAUGAACAUUCGGGAUGUCCAGAAAACACUUUAUGGAUUACAAAAGAGAAAAAUGGAAUAUCUAGAACUAACAGAUAACUACUUUCCAUCUGUCAGUAGUAUAUUUUUGAUGAAAUCUGACUUCGUUUAUCUACGCACAAUCUGUGUUCGAAAAAUUGAUCUUAGUAUGAAUAAUAUAGAGGGAAUAGAAAUGGACGCUAUAUUGUCAUGGCCUAAUAGGAAAUGCCUGGAAAUAUUAGACAUAUCCUCAAAUAAUUUCCUGUCCAUACACAUAUUUUACCUUCUUGUGUUGUUUCCAUCCUUAACUCAUUUAUAUGCUUCAGAUCAAAGUUCAAUAAAAUUUAGGAAACGUUCAUCAGCGUCUAUGGAGCAAACGUUGUUUCUACCACAUUCUCUUAUAUAUCUAAAUUUUUCUCGUAACCCCAUUGGUGGAUCGCUUGUAAAUUCAACACUUCAUGAAAGUAACAAUCUCAAAGUCCUGGAUCUGAGUUACCCGCUUAGGCAUCUGUCAUGUUCCUAUGGACGUUUAAAAGGUUUGGUCAAUCUAACAGAAUUCUACAUGUCAGGAUUUGAGUGUUCACAUCCUAACCCGGAAAUGUUUUCCGAUAUGCCCAACCUCUUAACAUUAGAAGCAAAGGAAUGUAACCUCGGACAUGUGCUUGCCAAAGAUAACAAUUUAUUAUUCAAAGGAAGGUACAAACUCACCUUCCUGGAUCUCUCCGCCAAUAACAUAUAUUUAUUGAGCCCCAUAAUAUUUGCAGAUCAGCAAUAUUCACUGAAAACGUUAAUUUUUGCUUCAAAUCAAUUGAUUAGCCUUCAUAUGCACAUCUUAAUGGAGCUCCAUGCACUAGAAACUUUGGAUGUUAGUCAUAAUCGCAUACCAACGUUGACAAAAUCAGACAUUGCACUUCUGGAUACACAUCAAACUAAAUCUCCCGCAUUCAAAGUGAAUCUGCUUGGAAAUCCGUUGGUGUGCAGCUGUGAAGUAUUGGACUUCCUUGAUUGGGUUGGCACAACAAACAUGUUAUAUAACAGAGACAAUCUUUUAUGCAGUACACCAGAUGGCAGUCAGAUAAAGGUGAUAAAAUUCCUUCAAACAUUUGGUCAAUUUAAGGAAAGGUGUGCUUCUCAAUUCUGGUUAAUCAUAUCUAUGAUAAUGAUCAUCGUUUUCGUUUUUACGGCUUUUCUAUCCAGAGUGGUUUGGAAACACAGUGUGAAAUUGAGGGUAUGGUGUAGACAGCCUUUGGAAUAUGAAGUGUUUCCAUUCGAUGUCUUUAUAACCUACUGCAACGAGGAUGCAAGAUGGGUUACUAGAACACUUGUUCCUUGGCUAGAGCAGGAAGAUGUUGAAUACUGCAUCGAUGACAAAAGUUUCGAACUAGGGUUAGACAUAUUGGACAACAUUAUGAACGCUAUUGAUAACUCACGCAAGUCUGUUUUUGUUGUAAGCUGCAAGUAUUUCAAGCGGGAAUGGCAAACUUUCACAAUGCAACUAACCAGUGUGUAUUCUUUUCGAGACGGACGAGAAAAUAUGAAUGUCAUUAUUCUAAUAGAUGAUAUGAGACGAAGUGAAUUUCCGAAGCUUAUUCGUAAAAACUGGGAUGAAAUACGUCCUAUUAUAUGGCCUAACGAAAACUGUUCUGAUAAAAAUAAGCUCAUCAAAGCUAAAAAGGCAUUUUGGAGAACAUUGUUGGGACGAAUUAAAUAUUGAAACAGAAUUUUGGGUAAAAAAUCCGAUACUAAAGUGUGAUUUACAAUAAAUUUAAUAACCAUAAAACGUUACUGAUGUCGUAAAUUCAUUAUGGGAUUAAGUAUUUUAAUAGAAAGAAAAAAAAUGUAUGUUAAAUUAGCUGAAAUCAUAAUGGAUUUUCAUUAUCAGACAAUUGUGAUUAUUGUGAUGACUUAUAUAUAUAAUAUAUACAGUGUGUUUGGUAUAUCUAGUGAUCUUGUGUAUAUUUUGCACUAUAUUGCUUAUCAAGCAUUGUAUAUUUUGUUUAUAAUUCUGCAUAAAGUUUACAUUGUUUCGAACCAUAAAGUGUGUACUUAUGAAUAUUUUAUAUACUAUAUGUAUUGUGCAUAUUAUAUUUAAUAUCUUAUUAUGUAAGUGAUGUGAUCGUUUUGGAAAAGGAUAUAAAUCAAUAGUCAAAUCUAAGUAUUAACUUCAAAAUUUAAGUGUUAAACUACUUUGGGAUCAGACUUAAACUCAAAUUAUUAAGAAAUACCUAUAAAACUUUGUGAUUUUGUUAGAUUUCUCAGCAAUCCUAUUCAAAUAUAAUAAACUUUAACUCUGACCAGAAAACAGUUAACUGUUAGGGGAAACAAUAGAACAACCUGUAACAACCCAUACAUCUCGUGUUUUCCCUUUUAAUAAAAACAGUAAAUCUCUUGAUAAUAUGAAAAGGCAAAGCCUAAAAAAGUGUUGCUUUUGUUGAUCUCUAAUAUUCACUGAUAAGAAUGAGAUAAUACUGAUUUCAGAAUGAGAUAAGAUAAGCUUUAUUUGUAGUCGGCAAGUCAAGGAAUAACAAUAUAACACAAGCUCUAAUUCAU